AACAAACACAGCCUUCUCAGCGGCACGACAAACACCGAUGCCCCGACAUUGUAUAACAUCUGCCACAAUUUAAAACACCAGGACAUCCCGGAAGGAUGCAUGUCAGAUUUUUUGCAGCCGUUGUCGCACACUUCGAGUCCAGCUGUUGGCAAGUUGUUUCAACUUAGAUAAGUAGAACAAUGGCAGCCCUACUGAACCGGCGUCUUGUCGCCAACUCACUCGCUAUCCUCACUAUCGGAGGAAUCGGCACCUACACAGCGUCCAAGUAUCUCACCAAGAGCGCGUUCGCAGAAUCGCCCAACUCGGAGCCCCAAAAGGUUUUCAGUCGUGCGGGCCCGGCCUUCAAAUACCUCCGUCUUCAUAGCGAAGAGAGCGUCAACCACAACACAAAGCGUCUUCGGUUUGAGCUGCCCGGUGGUGAGAGCUCACGGAGCGGGCUCGGUCUUACAUCUGCCCUCCUAACCUUCUCCAAACCCGAUGGUAGCUGGUUUCCCGUCGUACGACCCUACACGCCCGUCAGCAAACUAGAAGAACCUGGCUUCAUCGACCUCCUCGUCAAAAAAUACCCAAACGGGAAAGCAAGCACACACCUGCACAGCCUUAAACCCGGCGAUAGUUUAUUCAUUCUCGCCUCUCUACCCAGUUUCUCAUGGACACCCAAUAAAUUCAGCCACGUGUACCUGAUCGCCGGCGGUGCAGGCAUCACACCCAUCUACCAGCUCACCCAGGGGAUCCUCGACAAUCCCGCCGACAAGACCAGAGUCACUGUGGUCUUCGGCGUGAAUACCGAACAGGAUCUGCUCUUCCGGCAGGAAUUCGAUGCGUAUAAGCGUCUGUACCCUGGGAGAUUGGAUGUUCACUACACGGUUAGUCGACCGGGCACAGAGUUUGAGCCGGACGAGGGUGUAAGAGAGGGGUAUGUGACCAAGGAGAUUCUGGAGGAGGUUAUGAAGGGCCAUGAGGAGAAGGACACGAAGGUGUUUGUUUGUGGACCUCCUGCGAUGGAGACGAGUCUGGUUGGGGGUGGAGUGUUUGGGAAGGGGCCGGAGGGCAUCUUAGAGCAGUUGGGAUAUGGGAAGGAUAGGAUUCAUCGAUUCUAGAUUCCUGCGCCCAUAUUCACGGUCAGUGUUCAAAUAGCAUAAUGUGUACCAUAGAUGACUUCCUGUUAAGGUGUUGGAAUACACAGCCACUCAAUCUUUGGACUCUCCGCGUUGAUUGAAGGCAU